CCAUGGGGAUAUACAAAGGAGCAUCCACCUGGGCUGGCCUCCAUCCACUCCUCUGCUCCACCCUCGUCGACGUGUCAGAAAACAUAACAAAUAAAUUACCUCAGCACAACUCUAUAUGGAUUUGUACUCUUUCAAGACGACGAUAAAUCAGCCACCAAGUUACACGGUGGAAAAUGACCCGUUUAACUACUGGUUAGCGCUUUUAAUCAGCAACCCUUCUGGAAUGUAUGUGGAUUAUAUAGAUCUGUUCGGACGUUCUGAGCACAAGAGAAAAGACAGGACUUUGAAGGGCAAGUGCUCAGUGGAUCUGCUGUUGGAUUAGACCUCAAACCUCAAAAAGGAUUGGUUCGAUCCCUUCGGCCCAGUUAGCCCUAUGCAGGCCGACAUGGCACCCAAGAACGCUGACUCGGAAGCCGUGCGAGUCCCAGACAUGGCAGCGAUUCCCGCGAGGGGCAGGCAGGACGGGGAGAAGGAGAAGGAGGCGGAAAAGGAUACUUCGGACGAGUCGGGAAGCGGAGGGUCUACGGACCGAAUCCCUCUGCGUCGAUGGGUCAUGAACGGAGCCGUCAUGUUUGGCCGUGAAUUCUGCUAUGCCAUGGAGACUGCCCUGGUCACGCCUGUCCUGUUGCAGAUAGGGCUUCCAGAACAGUAUUACAGUCUAACCUGGUUCCUGAGUCCUAUUUUGGGUUUGAUUCUCACUCCUCUGAUUGGGUCAGCCAGCGACCGUUGCACCCUGAAAUGGGGCCGAAGGAGACCCUUCAUCUUAGGUCUCUGUGUGGGAGUAUUAAUCGGAGUUGCACUUUUUCUCAAUGGAUCCCUUAUAGGCUUGGCUGUAGGGGAUGUUCCUGGGAGCCAACCAAUAGGCAUAGUACUGACAGUCUUGGGGGUGGUGAUCCUUGACUUCUGCGCCGAUGCCUCGGAGGGACCAAUACGGGCCUACCUGCUGGAUGUGGCUGACACUGAAGAGCAGGACAUGGCUCUAAACAUCCAUGCCUUCUCAGCUGGAUUGGGAGGGGCUGUUGGAUACAUGCUUGGAGGUUUGGACUGGGCCAACACCUUCCUGGGCCGGGCCUUUGGUUCCCAGGAGCAGGUUCUCUUCUUCUUCGCUGCUGUUAUUUUUAUCGUUUCCGUUAUACUUCACUUGUUCAGCAUCAAGGAGCGUCAGUUCAAGCUCCAUCAGCAGGGCCUGGGAGCUGACGAAGCAGACAGCUCCUCCUCGGUACAGCUCAAUGGCAGCCUGCCCUCCACCCGUCUCCUGCGACCGCUUGACCUCAUCGGGGAAGAGCCCUCUGAGGAGGAGGGGUCCGCCCACGAGGUUCAGAUGGAUUUCCUCAACGUGGACAUGGUGAGAAGUAAAAGCGACUCGGUGCUGGCCAUGCCGGACGCCACCAUCGAGCUUGACCCGGAUCUAGACCUGGACCUGGAGGGUCAGUUCUUGAGCGAUAUCGAGCCGAGUGUCUUCGACGACUUUCAGCCCUGUCAGGAGAGGACGGUCGAGCGUCGCCAUAGCAGCGUGAGCCAGCCCAGCCAGUCGUCGCGCGUUGACUUACAGGGGGUCCACAGUCAAGACGACAUCGUUAGUGCCAUUGCAAUCAGUAAAGUCGCCAACGGAGAUGUCGCUGGUCCGAGCCAAACCAGUGCGGUGGGCGUGAACAGCCAACAGGGACGCUUGGGCCGACUGGGUCACCCCAGCGCCGGCCCGUACGUUCGCCGUCGCCAUCCCUCGUUCUACCGCCAACCCUCGUUCACGUUCUCUUACCACGGACGCGUGGGCUUCCAGCGGCCCCGUCGCCGCGCCAACACGGCCGAGCCGAUCAAGUCGUCGAGGAGCCUGAACGACAUCUACGCGUUGACGCGGCGGCACGGCAGGCGGAAGCUGCAGCAGAGCAGCACCACGGUGUCCAGCAGCGAGGACACGGAAAGCGAGGACGAGGAGUCGAGCACCACGGUGAAGCUCCUGUGGCUGUCCAUGCUGAAGAUGCCUCCGCAGCUGUGGAGACUUUGUAUCUGUCACCUGCUCACCUGGUUCUCCAUCAUCGCCCAGGCUGUUUUCUACACAGACUUCAUGGGUCAGGUCAUCUAUGAGGGAGACCCAACGGCUGCUGUGAACUCCACAUCCCUGCAGAACUACAAUAAGGGUGUACAGAUGGGCUGCUGGGGUCUUGUUAUCUAUGCUGCUACUGCCGCUGUCUGCUCAGCCGUACUACAGAAGUACCUGGACAACUAUGACCUCAGUAUCAGGGUCAUCUACAUGCUGGGCACUCUGAGCUUUGCUGUCGGCACGGCCCUUAUGGCCAUCUUCCCUAAUGUCUACGUCGCCAUGGUGAUGAUCAGCACAAUGGGAAUCAUCUCCAUGAGCAUAUCCUACUGUCCAUAUGCGUUGUUAGGGCAGUAUCACGAAAUCAAAGAGUACAUCCACCACAGUCCGGGGAACUCUCGGCGAGGCUUCGGCAUCGACUGCGCCAUCCUGACCUGUCAGGUUUACAUCUCUCAGAUCCUGGUGGCGUCGGCCCUGGGCGCGGUGGUGGACGCGGUGGGCUCAGUCAGGGUCAUCCCAAUGGUGGCAUCUGGAGGCUCCUUCCUUGGCUUCCUCACCGCUGUCUUCCUCAUCAUCUACCCUGCCACCCCUGAGGAGGAGGAUGAUGAUGACAGUGAUGACGACAACGACAACGAUGAUGAAGAGGAGCAGGGCCCGGCCACUAAGGUGGAGCCCGGAGCCAGCGACAGCGCAGGGAAGACCAAAAAACUAACAUCCAAGAACAGUGCCUGUAAACUGGAGGUUGAAUCCUCUAUUUGAUUGAAGAGGAUAACAACGAAGAUGCGAAAGCUAACAGUGGACAGUGACUACAAAUCCCAGAAUGCACUACAACCUGCGGGCAGUGCUCGGAAAGGCAGCGGAAGGGACUUGUUUCGGGAGAGACCAGAGUGUCAUCUCCACAACACAAAUUUCCAAAGCAUUGAUUUCAUUGCCUGAUUGAAACAUAGAAUUUGUUCCACACACUGUUCAGUAGGAAUGGUACAGGUAGCAGCUGAGAACUUUAU